ACGAAACAUGGCCGGGUCUCGAUGACUGGACGUGCGCGGACAUAGGUGCUGCGAGUCGCGCGAGUUCUCUCUUUCUCUCUCUAUCUCUCUCUGUGUCCGGACUUCGGGUCGGCGAUGAGCCGCGGAGGAUCGACCGUGUGUCGCACCACGUUGUCGUGGGUUCCUCCUCACGGCGUUCGUUAAGGACCAAGAGACAUUGCCGAGAUCGAGAAUCUUCGAUCGCGCUUAACCUGCGUGGCGCAGCCAAGGAUUUAAAGAUCCAACGAAAACUUUCGUAAUAUACGUGCUCUUUGAAAGAAGGAAUCGGAGAGAGGGGAAACGUGAGAAUGUCAAUUACAAAAGAUGCCCCGUCAGUUUCCUCCGAGGUCGUGACGGGGAUCAUUCGGUCGACUCUGUAGCCGUUGCGAGUGUCGUCUUUUAAUUAACGACAAAGAGAUAAACCCAAGGUGUUGGGCGCGAUAGGUGGAUCAUGAAUCAGCAUGUAUAGCUUUGAGGGAGACUACAGGCGCAAGCCACAACAAAAUCUGUCAGGUGCCAGCAGGCGGGACGAGAAGGCCGUUCUCCUACAGCAUGCGCAGCUGGAGAGAUUGAAACGAGAACAGCAGCGCAAGAAGCACGACGCCGCGCUGAAGAUACAAGCGCGCAUACGCAGCUUCGUCACCAGGCGUCUGGUGUGCGCGCAGAAGAGGCGGGAGUUCGAUGAGGCGCAGCAGGCAGCUGGACGCAGGAACCUGAGUCUGGACGAGCUGGUGCCAUACCUGCGGAAGCUGCUGUUCUUUUACAACCACGCAUUGGACGCUAACAGAUUGAUAUGGGUCCUCCAGCACUUUCUGAAGCACCAGAGGGAGAUUAAGUUGAACUCGAUCAGCUCGUCACAAUGGCUGUGGAGGCUGCGGUGGAUUCUUCGCAUGUGUAUGCGAUACAACACGAAAAUGCUGCCGGAUGGAGCGUACUCCUUGGCGAUACCGCUACGGGUUCUGGAGAUGUUCACGGCGCGGGAGGACACGGAGCGGGUACUGCAUGAACACAGUUAUCGGCAUCUCGAGAGUAUAUUUGUUUACCUGAUUCAACACAACUACUUCGCGCAGCUGAGAAAGCUGCUGGACGAGAAGGUGCCGCCCAUGGCGGAGGUGACGUCGGUUGCGCCCACGCCGAUCUCCAAAUGUCUGCUGGACAUGAUCAAACGGCCAGUGGACUUGAUCUCUUACGUUCAUCACAAGGAGACCUUCUCUACGCUCGUGCUACGAGAAUUAUGCGGAAGCAUAUUCUCGCCUAGACUGUCCGAUCCGAUUCGUAUGUUUGUUGUGCCGGCGUUGGCGGAAUUCAAAGACUUCCCAUAUGUCCAGCUGAUUGCCUGUAUCAAUCGACUCCAACUCGAACCUACGAUAAACUUGCUCUAUUGUGUGCUGUCAUUGGAUUCGUCUAAUCAGUUCUCAUGGUCUGAGGAUGCUCUGACGAACUAUUUGCAAGUGGUCGCGUCUCUGAGUUCGACCAUCGUACCGUUAAUGGCCGAGCAAGGUAUCUCGGAACGACAGCAGGCCGACAACGAUUCGGACAACGAAUCCGGCGACAGUGUAACUGACCAGGAACAAGCCGACAUCUUGCGGCAGUGCGUCGAGAUGUUGAACGAGCAGCAUCGUGUGAAUGGCAUUCUGUCGGCGAUCGAGCAAAGUCAGUCGGAUCCCCCCGUGCUGCUGCAGCCGCUGUGCCGGUUGUGCCAUCAUCUACUCAUUACCAAUAAGCUGGCCGUUCAAAAAUACAAACUGCUCUACAUGCUGGCAUUCAAGCCAGUGUUCCUUAAACACCUGUGGACUAGUCUGGCGUCGAUUCGCCAGACGUCAUUAUUCGGCGGCGGCGCCGCUCCGUCUCUCCUGCAGAUUAUCUCGCGCGGAAUCGCUCUCUCGGCCGAGGACACCGACAGGAUAGUUCCGUUACUCGCAGUGUUCUGCUCGUUGUUCAGCCUGCUGAUCGCGACGUUGCACGAUACCGAGUUCUUCCUCGAACAAGCUUCCGCGGAGCACACGUCUAACAACCGGCAGCAGCACGCGAUGCCCUUCACCAUCGCGGAAUUGGCGGUACUGUCCGGUCAUCUGAAGGGCGUCUGCCUAGGCCUGGUGGAACUUGCAUUUCCUGAUACUCGACCUACGGUGCGCGACGAUUACAAGAAUGCUGUAUUGGGUCCUGCGUCCACUGUUCAGUACCGACACGACACGCAGAUCUGGACGCACUUGUUCAAGGUUACGGUGGGUCUCCUACGGCAAUUGCACACGCGCGAUCUCAGGCGGCAGUUUUGCCCGGAAGGCCACUGGAUCGCAUCUAAUGUUGUUAUUCCCAUCGACAAGCCGCAGGACUUCGCGUUCCGCAGACGCCGGCUACGUGGAUAUGUGCCCUUCCAGAAUCUCAGGGCCUUUACGAGAGAGGAGUUUGAGGAGGGACCACCACUCUCGGCGACGGAAGUGCGAACGUUGACGCUGUUGCGUGAGAUACCGUUCGUCGUGCCGUUCAACAAUCGUGUGGUGGUGUUUCAGUCAUUGAUCUACAAGGACAAAGCGGAGCAGCAAGGUGAGCUUGCACAUUUCAUGCAGGGCCCAUCAAUACAGAUUUCCGUGAGACGAAACUACCUCUACGAGGACGCUUUCGACAAGCUGUCACCGGAAAACGAACCAGAGCUGCGGCUUAAAAUGCGAGUGCAGCUGGUCAACACGGCGGGACUGGAGGAGGCUGGUGUCGACGGCGGCGGUCUGUUCAGAGAAUUUCUAUCCGAGCUGUUGAAGACCAGUUUCGAUCCUAAUCGUGGCUUCUUCAAACUCACCAAGGAUAACAUGCUGUAUCCGAACCCCACGGUGCAACUGUUGGUCGACGACUUCCCAAAACAUUACUAUUUCAUUGGCAGAAUUUUGGGGAAGGCGUUAUACGAAAAUCUACUGGUGGAGUUGCCAUUUGCCGAGUUCUUCCUGUCGAAGAUCGUCGGACGUCAGUCGGACGUAGACGUGCAUCAUCUGGCCUCUCUUGAUCCCAUCAUGUAUCGUAACCUCCUCUAUCUUAAGAGUUACAAAGGCGACGUAGCGGACCUCGGGUUGGACUUCACCGUGCUCAGCGACGAGCUUGGCGAGAGGCGAGUCGAAGAAUUAAAGCCGAGCGGCGCCAACAUCCCGGUGACGAAUCACAAUCGCAUCGAGUACAUUCACCUGAUGGCCGAUUACAAGCUGAAUAAGCAGAUACGCGCGCAGUGUUUCGCGUUCAAGCAGGGAAUCGGCAGUGUGGUGCCGCUCGAUUGGUUGCAGAUGUUCAACAACAAAGAGCUGCAAGUACUUAUAUCAGGCGCGCAGAUUCCCGUCGACGUGAAGGACCUGAUGUUGCACACCAACUAUACCGGUGGGUACGCGCCCGAUCACCCCACUAUCACUGCUUUCUGGAAGGUCGUCAAUGAAUUCAAUGAUCAACAGAAGGGUCAACUCCUCAAGUUUGUCACCAGUUGCAGCCGCCCUCCUCUCCUGGGAUUCAAGGAACUCGAUCCACCCUUCUGUAUCCAGCACGCCGGCACCGUAGACCGUUUGCCAACCUCGAGUACCUGUAUGAACUUACUGAAACUUCCCGAGUUUCCGGAUGAGAAAACCCUGCGCGAGAAACUUCUAUACGCGAUACAAGCUGGCGCGGGUUUUGAGCUCAGUUAGAGACGUUUAUUUUCAUUUAUACUGACUCCCGUUUGACUCUCAAAUGUAAAUAUAAUAUGUAAAUUCGGCGAAUAAGCAUGCCGUAUAAGAUAUGAUGACAGAGGAAAAAAUUGCAACUUUUAUGUUGUAUUUUACGUGGAUUAGUAUUAGGAUUUCGUACAAGGAUUUUCAUUGUGAAACAUGGCGAAGAUAUUACUAUUAACAGGAGGGGCCAAUUAUAUACAUAUGUAUAUAUAUAUAUAUAUACAUAUGUAUGUGUGUAUGUAUAUAUAUACACACUAAAAAAAUAGUACCUACCAACGGAGAUUAUCGUCGAUGUUACUUCGAUGCGGCGUUUGUAAAAAAAUAAAGAAGACAGGAGACGUUUGCGUGUAUAUAACGUAUGUCACAAAGUGCAUACGGAUACUUUUUUUGGUUUUAAUUUUUCCUACCACCUUUGGCCUACAAUUGUAUAAAUUAUGUAUAUUUUUAUUGUUUUAUAUAUACGCCAUGUGAUUUUGUCACAACGACUGCUACUUUAUUUUGAGAAUGUGUGUGAGAGAAUAGAUGUAUGUAUUUAUAAGGUAUUGUUAAAUGUAAAUAAAACUCUUCAUAAAGUGUUGAAAAAAUAAAAUGUGGAUAUUAUAAAAAAGACAA